GAGGAGGUGACUCGCGAGCGGCUGCGCUUCAGACUCAGCGAGAGGAUCAUGGCGGAUGGCCCCAGGUGUAAGCGCAGAAAACAGGCGAACCCGAAGAGGAGCAGCGUGACAGACUUCAACAAUGGCUUGGAGGCCAGUUCAGACUCUGACGACGAGGACAAGCUACACAUCGUGGAGGAGGACAGCCUGCAGGAGCCUGAGGUCGCCAAUGCUGAUGGGACCAAAACGCAGGAGAGCCAUGACGCCACAACAGUAUUACCCCACAACGGCUCCUCAAAUGGAGUGAAGGAGGAGUGUGUGUCAGAAGAGGAGGAGGAUACUCUCGUGGAUGAAAUCCUCCAACAGGGAGACACAGCCGUCAUCUAUCCUGAAGCGCCUGAGGAUGAGCAGAGUCCAGCAGAGACAGGAGGCGCUGAUGAAAACGGCACGCCAGAUUCCUUCUCCCAGUUGCACACUUGCCCCUACUGCUCCCGGGGCUACAAGCGCAACGCCUCGCUGAAGGAGCACAUCAAGUAUCGCCACGAGACCAGCGAGGACAACUACAGCUGCUCGCACUGCAGCUACACCUUCACCUACCGCUCACAGCUGGAGAGGCACAUGAGCCACCACAGGGGCAACAGGGAGCAGCGUCACGUUACUCAGUCGACGGUAGGAUCAGCAGCGACAGGUGGAACCCGCAAGUUCAAGUGUACCGAAUGUUCCAAGGCCUUUAAAUACAAGCACCACCUGAAGGAGCACCUGCGCAUUCACAGCGGUGAGAAACCAUAUGAAUGCUCAAACUGCAAGAAGCGAUUCUCCCACUCAGGCUCCUACAGCUCCCACAUCAGCAGCAAGAAGUGUGUGGGUGCAGCGACCCCCAACGGCGUCCCUCCAACAUCGAUCAAACCCUCCCCGCCCACCACCCAGACCACUCCGGUCGUCAUUGCUCCGGCCCGCAUGAUCCUAAAAGAGAAGACUGAAAGCAAACCUCUGCAGGAGCAGCUCCCCGUCACCCAGAUCAAAUCUGAACCUGUGGAAUACGAGUGCAAGCCCGCGAUGGCGGCAACGGCAACUUCUGCCAGUACCAACGGAGUGGUGAACGGAGGGACAGCACAGCCGGCCGUGGUUCCAGCCGCAACCCUGCCACAGGGCGUGGCCAUGGUCGUACCGACAGUUGGCCUCAUGUCGCCCAUCAGCAUCAAUUUGAACGACUUGCAGAAUGUGCUCAAAGUGGCGAUGGACGGAAAUGUGCUCAGACAGGUGCUGGGUACAGCAAACGGGGUUGUGACGCAGGGAAAGCAGGGGAUCGUAGUCCAGCAGCCCCAGCAGCAGAUCAUCAGCCUACCCGCUUUUGUGGAUCACGACGGCACCACGAAGAUCAUCAUCAACUACAGCAUCAGCCCUGCGGCCGCCACCACUGCCACUACCCAGCCUGCACCACUCGUUGCCAAAAACAGUCCCGCUCCCCCUCCCACUGUCACCACUGCUGCAGCCCCCACCCCCACCAAGACAGAUAAACCGUCAACCCCGGAGGUGGCCGACCUCUCCAUUGUGAAAACAGAGCCAGAAUCAGUGGCCGUCACAGACACGGAGACAGCCGCGGUCAAACAGAAAGAAAAGGAAACUGUUAAGACUUCACACACCCAAACAGCUCACAUGCCAAAAGUCAGCAGCAGCAGUACGUGUUUACUCUGUGAUGACUGUCCCGACAACCUGGAGGCGUUACACCUCCUCCAGCACCGCAAAGCCGCCAAUGGGGAGGCCGUCGACUCCGCUGCUUUGGACCCGUCGUUCGCUGCUCUGCUCAGUGAGGCGGGGGUGACGCUGGAGGAGCCGCCUGUGGACGACCUCCUCUCACUCCUCAAGAGCUACUUCGCCUCCAAUGCCAACCCCAGCGAGGAGGAGCUGACAAAGAUCUCAGAGUCUGUCAGUAUUCCCGUAGAUGUGGUCAGAAAGUGGUUUGCCAAGAUGAACUCCGGGAAAAAUGCGGGCAGAUGCGGCAGCUCUGCAACGGCAGUUUCCAGAAAGACUCAAACCUCAAAUUUUAGCUCAGAGGACGUCUCGAAUCAGAGACGAGAUGCAGAUGAGGACAGCUCCCACGAAACGUCACACAAAGCUUCAUCAGAAUCUGGCAGCACUUCUCCGUUACACUCACCACCAAACCCCAACACCGGGGACCUCGUCAUCAUUAAGAGCGAGCCGGAGGACCCAGACGCUCCAGACUCCCAGGCCGAGCCGCUUGACCUCUCCCUUCCUAAAGAUAUUGCAGCGGCAUUGGCAAGGACCAUGCCUCCCGCCAAGCAGCAGGAGCAGCCGCUGAACCUGACGUGCCUGAGGAAGGAGCAGCUGGGCGGUCGAACCAUCUACGUCACCACGCCUCAGACCGGAAGACCUGUUAACAUCGUCACUGCCGCACAGCUGCCCACACUCGUGGCCAUCGCUGGUCAGGGCACGGUGGGCUGUCUUGGCUCUCUCAACAGCUCCACCAAGCGCACCAUCCUCAUCCCCCAGCUCACCUACACCUACGCCACUUCGGCCGGCAGCGCCACUGGAGCAAAGACUGUCGUACUGAACGGCCAUAAGCAACCGGAGAAGAGGCCGGACAGCAGCUCUGACGGUGUCUCCACGGUGGAGGAGCAGAACGACUCCGACUCGGCCGCGGUGAUGAAGAAACGACGACUGGAAAACGGCGUCUACCCCUGUGACCUUUGCUCCAAAGUCUUCCAGAAGGGCAGCUCCCUGCUCAGGCACAAAUAUGAACACACAGGAAAACGGCCCCACGAAUGCAACGUCUGCAAGAAGGCUUUCAAACACAAACACCACCUGAUCGAGCACUCGAGGCUGCACUCCGGCGAGAAACCCUAUCAGUGCGAUAAGUGCGGGAAGCGUUUCUCUCACUCCGGCUCAUACUCCCAGCACAUGAACCACCGCUACUCCUACUGCAAGAAGGACGGCUCAAAUUCCGGCUCGGGGUCACGCAGGGCUCAGUCGGAGCUCGGCAGCCCCGGUGCCGGACCGCAGUCAGACAGUCGUACCACGACUCCGCGCUCCCAACUGGACUCAGACGAGAGGGAGAGCGAGGAAGAGGACGACGAGGCCAUUUGUAUGGACGACAUACGGGUGGUGCAGGUGGACGAUGGCGAGUGCGAGAUCUACGAGGGCAACUUUGAGGACGACGACGACGAUGACGAGGAAGACACGGCAGGAGAGGAAGAAGCAGAAGAAGAAAAGGAAGUGGAAGAGGAGUUCGCUUGCGACGUGGUGGAGAUCGAGCUUGGGGACGAUCACAUGGAGGAUGAAGAGAUGGAGGAAACAACCGAAGGAAAGGAGGAAGCAGCAAGUGCGUGUACAGAGGAAACAGCAGACUGUGAAGCAAAUACGGACAAAAGCAUCAGGGAGGGGUCAGAGAGCGCUGAACCCACAGAGGACAUGGUGACGAACGCCAAAUAAGAGAAAAAAAAAGGAAAAAUCUCUUCGGGACAGCUCAAAUGCCUCGGUUAUUGAAGUUAAUUAAGACAAAACCGCAGAGAAAUGAAGAAAGUGGCGGCGGUUGCCUGAUCUUAACGGUCCACUACUGUGUACAAAAACCCAGGUGUGCCUGAACUUGAAAAAAAAAAAAAAACCCAACAAAAACAAAACAGUGACUUUUUUUUCUUGUGGAAAUGAAAUAUCAGUGUUAAAAGUUGUUUAUAGAAGUACAGAUUUUAAAGCCGAACUCACCCAUCAACUUGUUAGACUUGUUACUGAGACAUCCUAGGUUGUUAUUGUUUGUUUUCAUUUGGUCAGUGUUACUAAUCCUGUUCUUGUUUGAAAACAUUUUAACCUGUAAAGAUGAUAAAGAUUUCUAUACCUUUUUAUUGCCAA